GUAUAAAAGCUCUGCCAGGUAUCGUUGGAAGAGCAGUUCUAGCCUCAGCAGCAUCAGCACUAGUUCUCUCACUGGAUCUUUGCACGAAAUACAGUUCCAAAGAUGAAAUUUGCGCUGAUUUUCCUGAUGGCUUUCGUUGCCAUGUCUCAACAAUUUUACUUUCAGCGGCCUAACAACCCGAUGGUUUGGCUAUCACCUCACCCCGCACGACAUUUCAUGAGCAAUUACCGGCCACUAAUUGUUUUUAACGAAGAUUUGAACCGAGAUUUGGCAGAUAGUCAAAGUAACUCUAAUGGCGAACAAGAGGAAUAUCCUGACGUACAAUCAAGGAUCAAAGGCAACAGGCCAUCGGAUAUCGACAUCCAACCACAGAGCGGACGGUUUCUGGCCGGAAGCUUUGGGAACAACGACGGCUACAACUACAACGCAAAUCAGAAUAGCAAUCCGUUUUUGAGAACGUACACCACCACAACCACCACUACCGCGACAUCCAUCAGCUUAUCUACCAGCACAUCUACCACGACUACCAUCUCUUCGACCACUAGUACCAGCACGGCCAUAGUCGUUAGCACAGCGACUUUAUCUCUGACAUCGGUCGUUAGAUGCGUCCCGGCUUUGCAGCUGUCGCCAGUUCCGGUUUCUUGCGGCCGGAAAAAAAGGGGAAUCGACGAAGAUUCCGAGGAACAUCACCAGUUUAUCAUCUCUCCCUCGGAAACGCUCGAAUUGACGCCCACUGCUCUUCCGUCAGAAAGAAGUGAACGAGCCCUACCUAAUACCGAUGACGUUACAUCGUCCAAAGACGAAGUCGCCAACGUUGAAGUGUCCCAGGAAGAUCAGAGCAGAGCCAAACGAUUUUUCCUUUUGAACAGAAAUUUCUAUACGACAUCUACGGUAACAACAACGUCGACCUCGGUUAUCGUGGUUCCCACAACUACAGUGGCUCAGUCAGUGUCCACUUUUACUACAUUAGCUACGGCAACCUCCACUACAUUUGUAUUUUCAAACUCGACCGUCACACAAACAGUAAAUCUACUCAAUCCAGCGCCCGCUGCUCAAUGUCAAGCUGCAGCUGGUGCAGCAAUACCGCAGUGCGCGUCCUGCUUACCGGUAGGCUACGUUGUCUGCCCUGCUGCCGGUUAAAAUGACAAAUUGAGCUCUGAAUCUCUGAUAUUCCAACCAAUUGAAGUUGAAUGAUUCAAAUUGACAACCUAGCGCAUUUUGUGAAAAGUAAUUUAAAUUUUAGCGCCACAAAACUUGAUUACUGUACUAUUUCUUCAUUCUUUCUAUUUUUCCAGCUCUAGCUUGGUACAAUGUUAUCGUUCAUGUGGAUUUCAUUGUAUUACUUGCUUCCGCUUUUUCUACUUAUUCAGUGCAUGUGGCUGUCGGGUGAAUAGAUUUUUAGCAGCAUCA